AUGUUUCUUUUGUGGUUGGAGCUAUUUAGAAAAGUUACCCUAAAAUGCAGGCGAGGUCACAACACUCUAAACAGGAAGCUUCCCCACUGCUGCUGAUCUCAUUGAAUCGUAGCCAGAAUAACCCUCUCUUCACAACAAACAGAGGAGCAACCUCUGGCAGUGUAAUCAGCAGGCUGCUACCGCUGCAUUAUAGCAGGAUCAGAUUGCAUUUUUCCCAUUGUAUCUCCCCCACUCCCAAGUCCUAUCUUCAACAAGAAUUGAUAGCGGAGAAGCAAGCUCAACACGCUUCAGGAAUUCGCCAAUUCUCUUUCAAAAACUGCGUACAGGAAUUUGGUUGAAAGAUGAAAGAAAUUAAGAGAGACUGUUCCUUAGUUACUACCUUACUCCUGUUGUUGGGCUGUAUCCCAUGGCAUGUGACUGCAGACUCAAAAAAUGGAGAAGAAGACCAGGACAUCCCAGGUGCUGCUUUACCACCACUGAAGCUAGGAAAUUCAAUCUGUGCUUUUAAGGCAGAUGGCGGUGAGUGUAAAGCAAUAUAUACAAGGUAUUACUUCAACAUUCAAACCCGCCAAUGUGAGAUGUUUGAAUACGGUGGAUGCCAUGGCAAUGAGAACAACUUCAUAACACUAGAAGAAUGCCAGGAGAUGUGCGUGGUAUCAGAAUUCCCGGUGAAGAAAACCCGUAGAAGAUUUGGAAAAGAAAAGCCCAACUUCUGUUUUAUGGAGCAAGACCCUGGAAUCUGUCGAGGCUAUUUUUCCAGAUAUUUCUAUAACAAGGACUCACAGCAGUGUGAAAAGUUCAUGUAUGGUGGAUGCCUGGGAAAUCAGAACAACUUUAAGGCCUUGGAAGAAUGCCAGAUUGCCUGCCAGGACAAUUCAAAUUCACUGCAAUUAGACCACUAUGAAGAACACCCCAUCAUGAUGAACAAUAGCUCUCCUGUUGCAAAGCCCGAACCAGCUCCUCUCCCUUCUCUCUGCAUGACUCCUGCGGAUCGAGGCCUUUGCAAAGCCAAUGAGAAAAGAUUCUUCUAUGAUCACUCAACUAAAAGAUGCCAUCCAUUUAGCUACAGUGGGUGCGGUGGGAAUGAAAAUAAUUUCAACUCCAAAAACUCUUGUCUGAGGACCUGUAAGAAAGAUUUCAGUAAAAAACAAGGACGAAGAGGUUUAUUGAAAAUCAAGCGAAAAAGAAAGAAACAGCCAGUGAAGCUGACGGAAGAUGAAAUCAUCAUUGAAAGGAUAUAACUUCUGCUGUUGUAAAAGAGAAAUGUGAACUACUCCAUUAUCUUUCAUCUGUGAAUUAAAGCAUUAAUGACAGCAUUUUUAAACUCCUUACUGUACCAAUCAUUUGAUUAUACAUUAUUGGACGGCUUAUCUAUUUUGUUUUGUAUUCCUCUUUUAUGUGUGCUAAGCGAUCAGCAUUUAAUUUUUCUCUGAUAAACUUAGUUAAAAAUGCAGUUUGGCAAUGUACACUCACCAAUAGAGCUGAAGUAGAACAAAACAGACUGUGGGUGUAUAUCUGAGCCACAAUGAUUCAAAGAUCAGGCAGGCUUCACCUAGUCUGUUUUAUUAUCUUGUUUGUCUCCCUCUAGAAACUUUCUUCUCAAAAGGACGUACAGUGCUUUUUAUAUAGGAGCAUGGAUAAUUCAUUCCUGAAUACAGAUAGAGGGCUAUUGCUAAAAAGAGAGACUGGGCCUAAUUCUGAUCUCAUUUAUUAUACAUUGUGUAAACUAGGUCUAAACUCUGCUGGAGUCCGUGGAGCCAGACUGCUGUAAAUAGGGUGUAGGAUCAGAGUUAGUCCCACUAAGACCACAAAGAGAAUAUUCAAGUCAUAAACAUGUGGAGAAAUGUCACUGUGGAUAUUCACAAAGCCCAAAGUAUAUCAGGGACACCGAUCUCUACAGUUGAAGUCACCAAGCCUCACCUUGUUGUGGCAAUGGAAACAUGGCUGGCAAGAUAAUAGUUCCCGGUAAAGCAUGUAUAUCUUUGUCUAUUUAAAGACAAAACAAAAAAUUGUAAGUAAGUUGGGCACUUUAAAGAUCUCAUGACGUGUCCUGUCCCUUUGAAAAUAUAAUAGAUGCUGGAUAGGUUUUUGUUUGUUUGUUUUUUAAAAAGACCAUUUAUCAUUUGGCAAUAAAGGCUUUGCAUAUAUAAAAAUGAGCUGGUUUUCAGAAUACUUAUCUUAAUUGAUAUGGCCCUACUUCCAUGAUAUGUGAGCCCCUCACACUCAUAAAUAUAUCUGUCCUCACUAUACCGUUGAGCCAUACGAAAUUGCUCUUAUCACUGAUUUACAGACCGGGAACUGAAAGAGAGAGAGAGAGAGAAACUAAAGGCCAGAUUUUUAAAGGUAUUUUGGUGCCUAAAAAUGUAGAUGGGUACUUUGGAAAAUCCCAUUAGGUGCCUAUCUGCCUUUUUGGGGCACUUAAAUACCUGAUAUGUAACUGACUGUUUCAAGUCACACAGAAAAUUGUUGCAGAAGAAGGAACUGAAGCUAUGUCUGCUAUGUACAUAGCUAGUACCUCAGCCACUGAACCAUCCUUCUGUCUAGUAUGAGUUGUCCGAGUGAUUUCAGAAGCCUAUGCUUUUUGUAUUGUUUGUCCUCCGCUACAUUUUGCGCUACUACUGCUUUGAAAAAUGCUUCUAGGACUGAAAUAUUCACUGGAAAAUAUGAUGCCUUAUUCUUCUAUCUUUAAUAAAACUCUGUGAGGAGCAAAGAAUCAUAAUGUGAUAACUGCUUGACUGGACCAAAUUGAGCUCUUCUUCACCAGUGUAAAUCCAGAAUAACUCCAAUAAUUAGUGAAGAUCAAUAGUGUCAUUUCUCCCCACUUGUAAUUUGUUUUAUGGUCCUAAUGGGUCUGAUUCUGAUCUGACUUACUGCAGUUCAAAGUCUACACUGGGGUAACUGACAGCAUAACUUGCUCCAGCAAUCACAUUAUGACUGCAUUCCUCAGUCCCAGUGAAGCAUGUUAGGAUCCUUGGAUGAAAGAUUCAGUAAAGAGGUUUUUAUUUUAACGUAUACAGGGAAAAUCAGAUGAAAAUAUGUUAAAUCGGACCUAGAAUGAGAAACAUAUUCAGUAUUCUAUAAGGAAGCUUAGACAUAAACUGUGCAGAUUGUGAACUGCAUUGUAAUGGAGAAGAUAACUUUAUUAGACAUCUGGGCAAGUUAGUAAUGACAAGUGCAGCUAGAAGGCCUGAUCUUGCACGGUUACGCAGGCUAAACUCCCAUUGAAUUUAACUGUAUGUAUCAGAUCUAUCUUGUCCAAUCACUGUAAUAUAGUGAUAUGCACAAUAGUGGGAAACAGAAUCUUGGUUUUUCAUUUCAUCUGAAAUUGAGCCCCUCCAGCACACACACACACCCCACCCCCAUUCUGAGGUAUUGGCUUAGUACUAGCUCAAAGGAAAAACUGCCCCAUAGUGAAUUUCCAACCCUACUUUCUGGAGCACCUGUGUCUUACUUGGGCCUGGUCCACACUAACCCCCCACUUUGAACUAAGAUACGCAACUUCAGCUACGUGAAUAACGUAGCUGAAGUCGAAGUACCUUAGUUCAAACUUACCGCGGGUCCAGAUGCGGCAGGCAGGCUCCCGCGUCAAUGCCGCGUACUCCUCUCGCCAAGCAGGAGUACCGGCGUUGACGGCGAGCACUUCCGGGAUUGAUCCCAGAAGAUAGAUUGCUUACCGCCGGACCUGGAGUAUAGAGUGCUCCCAUCCAAGCACUAUUUGUCAGCCAAGAAAAUCCUGCAGAGUAUAUGUGAUCUGUGGAGCUGAUAUCCUGAAGUGCUACGUUGAGCUCAAAAAUGCCAUUUUAAGAUAUCCUGGGACUGGUUCUCACUUACACUAUGGGCCAUUCUACCACUCUGGCAAUAUAAUUUAUACUCCCUGUAAGGCACCAUUACACUGCCAUAGCAGUAUAAAGGGGCCAUCGUAUGAAUGAGCAUCAGACCCCUGUUCUUUAGUAGGAAGAGCACAGUUCUCAAGCUAGCAGCAGUUUUAAAAUGGAUUUGCAUUGUCCAUUCUUAGGGGAAAUCCUUUAUUUUUCAUCAAGUCUGCUCCAUGGCUGCCAUUGCAACCCCAGGGUGUCACCAUUUGCAAUGCUGAGACUGUAAAGAAGCUUAAAGUAAUGGGACCUUCAGUAGUAUGUAAAUCAGACAAAUAUUGGUUUCACCUAUUACUUCAUGUACUAAGCAAACACAUUGCAAGUGGAUUAAUUGUGUAUGCUGCUUCUUCAAUCCAAAGCAUUGCUACUAAAGUGAAAGCGGAAAUCAGACUUUCACUUUAUGCAAAACCCUGCCUUUACUGUGUGGUUUUUAUAAAAGUGGUUUUUAUAAAAGUGCAAAUGUGCUAAAUAUUGUUUGCAAGGUUAUUAACCCUGUUGUCUUUUAAAACUGUAAUAACCAUGAGUUUCAUGAAACUUCUCUUCUUUUAUCCGUGCAUUUGUUUCUGUAUGGUAAUCUGGAUUUUGUAGCAUAGUCAUAAAUGGAAACGUUUAUGAUGGCGUUUCAUUAUAAUGUGAAAUAUUCUCUUAAAAGCUUCAUAAUUAAAUGGCUCAAUUUGGCAGAA